AUGACUUUCUUUUUAUCCGACAAAGAAGAGCGUCUCCUGCGAAACCUCCUUUCCCGUGCAGAGCGGAACCCGAACAUUAUUCAUCGUGUAUUCUCCGAUCAUGUCUAUUUCCCCGUCGAAGAUUUUUCAAUUCUCCGGAAGCAGCCGAUGCUCGAUGAAUCCUCGCAAAUACAAAACGUUGCUAAAAACUUCUACGGCGCGCGUAAUUACGAUAAACAACUGAUGACGAUUCUGUCCUUUUUUCCCUUCGCGAUUCCGUUUUCCAAGCGGAUCACGAUUUUUUAUAAUCUUCUGGAAAACGAUCAAGCUCCCAAUCCUUCCAUGUUUCGGAACGACACAAGAAGAAUGCGAUAUAGAAUCAGACGCGACCGGGUGUUCGAAGAUGCUUACUCGCAAAUGUCCCAUGCUGACUGGAAACACGACUUUGACAUUGAAAUUAUGAACGAUGGACGCGUCGAGCCUGGUUUCGGCCAAGGCGUGACGCGCUGGUUUACUGAGGCGUUGCUUCAAGCUGCUUUUGAUCCUAAAGUCGGCCUGAUGCUGCAGAAUGAGAAUGGCGAGCUCUACCCCAAUCCUUUCGUCAGCCAAAUUUAUCCAGACUCUUUUGAGGCUUAUUACAAGUUUUUGGGGAAGAUUCUCGGCUACAUGGUCUACACGAAAUCAAUCAACUAUCUACCUCUCUGUUCAUUUUUCCUAUCAAAGAUCCUCCGUGGAAGUAUCGAACUCGACCUUUCCGAACUUCAAGGACUCGAUAAAGAGCUUUACAAAAACCUGAUGUAUUUGAAAUCAAAUCCUGAGGAAAUCGAAUCAAUGGGUCUCGAUUUUACGGCGAAUUUAUCAGCCCUUGGCAAUGCAGAAACUGUAGAACUGAAGCCAAAUGGAUCAAACGUCCCCGUCGACAAAUCUAACUACACAGAAUUUAUCAUCAAAGUUGCAGAUUUUCACUUGAACAAGGCUGUCGCUCGUCAAUGCAACGCAUUCCGCGCUGGCUUCUACUCAAUCAUCGACCAGGCAUGGGUGAAGCUCUUCGACCAGCGCGAGUUCGACAUUCUCAUCCAAGGCGUCAAACAAGACAUCGACAUCGAAGAUCUAAAGAAAAACACUGUCUACUACAAAAUGCGCGACGACGAUGAUCGAUGCUUUACUGCUGAUCAUCCGACGAUUGUUGCAUUCUGGCAAGUCCUGAACGAUUUCAAUACUGAGGAGCGGGUCAAGUUCUUGAAGUUUACGACCAGUUCGCCCAGAGCGCCAUUGAGAGGCUUUGCAGAGCUCAAUCCGCGGUUCACGCUGAUUAAUACUAAUGAAGAUACAUCACGGUUACCGUCUGCCUCAACAUGCGUCAACUUGCUCAAAAUGCCUCCCUAUCCAAAUCGCCAACUCCUAGAGGAAAAACUCCGCCUCGCGAUCGAAGCUGUCACCUUCGAAUUUUCCUAA